GGCAAAUUGCGCAAUCGCCGCAAUGCUUUGAAACUCCUCCCCGACCAGGUUAUGCCUUUCUGGCCCGAUUCCGUGCGAAUUAGAGAACCAAUAGAGAGCCUGGGUUAUAGUCUCUGCUCCAUCGUCUCCGUAGAUAGAUCAUAACCGUUGCCUAAGCAUUCUCCUUGAGCCCGCUGCCGAAACUCGUCGAAGUAGUUGAUACGCUUGCCCGCUUGCCCUUCUGCAUUUGUAAGGCGCUCGUCCGUUCCCGCCGUGCUCUUACUCCUCAAAUCCUCCCUUUAUUUGACGUCCAACCCCCUCCCUCCCUACUCUCAAGCUGCCCCCCUAAUCGUACCGGUUGAGCCAUUUUCACCUUCAAGACAAGACUGCUUGCUUGAAACGUCCAGGGUCAACUUCCCCUCAGCGUCUUGUAACCCAUUCCAAUAUGGAUUCAACACUCCGGACUCAGACGUCCUCCCAGAGCUCAUCCCCUCGCUUGAGGCCGGUGGCUGACACCAAGUCGGACGACAAUGACUCGGUCGACUCAGGAUUCGCUUCCGCUUCGUCCUCGACCCCAUCCCUGCCGCAGGUGGCGCUCACCAAGGCACAUAUCAACCACCUCAACAAGCAACUGGAGAACAUGCACCCGGCGGACAUCCUCCGCUUCGUCAAGGUUCUCUUCCCCAACCUCUACCAAUCGACCGCGUUCGGUCUGACCGGCCUCGUGACCCUCGACAUGCUCUCCAAGAUCGACGACGAGAACCCGUCGUCGAAGCCGGUGGACCUCAUCUUCCUCGACACCCUAUUCCACUUCAAGGAGACGUACGACCUGAUCGACGACGUCAAGGCCCGGUACCCCAACGUGCAGCUCCACAUCUUCAGGCCCGACGGCGUCGACACCGCCGCCGAGUUCGACAACCUGUACGGCGAGCGGCUGUACGAGACGUCCGAGGAGCUGUACGACUGGAUCGCCAAGGUCGAGCCGCAGCAGCGCGCCUACACCGAGCUCAACGUGGCGGCGGUGCUCACCGGCCGGCGGCGCUCGCAGGGCGGCCAGCGCGGCGAGAUCCCCGUCAUCGAGGUCGACGACGAGCGGGGCAUCAUCAAGAUCAACCCCAUGGUCAACUGGUCCUUCCAGCAGGUCCAGGGGUACGUCCGCGAGCACAAGGUCCCCUACAACGCCCUGCUGGAUAGGGGGUACAAGUCCGUCGGCGACUGGCACUCGACCAGCCCCGUCUCCGAGGGCGAGGACGAGCGCGCCGGCCGCUGGAAGGGCCAGUCCAAGACCGAGUGCGGCAUCCACAACAAGAAGAGCAGAUACGCACAGUUCCUGGAGGAGAUGGCCGCCAGGGAGCAGGGAGAGCAACUCAGCGCUGCCCUUGGCCAGGUCGAGCAGGAACGGAGGAUCGAGGUCGAGGUGUCACAGUGAGAAUCGUGGAGGGUUUCGAUCGCAUGGGAGGGAGUUCGGGAUUUGACGACUUUAUGGGGCGAUGAUGCUUGCAUUUACAUCGGUUUGGUUUGGCGGCGAGUUGAUCCAUUCAUUGGCGCUAGGGAGGCUGGCGUUCUGGGCGGCCUCGCACGAGAUGGUCGCCCUUUCUCCAUCAUGCCACGAUAAGUAUCGGCAUUUUGUUGCAUCCUAGGCAUAGACAGGUUGCAGAGUUAAUUGACAGAGUUCAAAAACAGAGGCCUGGGGCUCGCUGAAAGUGAUGGUUGUUUUGUGGACUGUGGAGACGCGGAUGCAGUCACGAAUUGCGCUCAACGACAAAAG